GUUGGCUCAUUGAAGGAAACAAAAAAGAAAUAUCAAUUGCUGUUAACAAUUGAAAAGGUCAGUUCGCUGUCAGUUACAUCCGAAGAAAAAAAUUCAAAGUGGAACGUUUGGAAUUCGGGUUUUAUAUCGCGUGAGUUUAAAAGAACCUAUUUAUUAAUUUUAGGGAUUUGAUCAAAUACUCCCAAUAGAAGACCUGGAACGCAUGGUCCUUCAAGUACCACAUGACAUUCGGUAAGUUACGAGAAGAAGAGAUGUGGACCAGGGGCCGUGGUCAGUGUUCGCAAGCACUGCAAGCUGAUCAGCUUAACCCAAGGUUAACGUAAAAUUCAAAGCAAAUUUCCCAAGAGCUUGUUUAUAAAUUUGGAACUAUUUCUUCGGAAGUCUUGUCUGUAGGAGUUGUGAUGUUUUGAAAUAAACAGACGUGCAGAAAUGAAUAAACUAAAACGUGGUUUAGCGUUAAUUCAGGUUUUAACAACCGACCCAGGCCAAGAUGAUCUAUUUCCCUUCCUUGCAACAAAUUUGCAGAAUUACUGAAUAGAAUUGUUCUACCUUUAGACCACAACUACGUGAGAGGCGGGAGAGAUUAUGUCAACGUUGUUUUGACCUGCUGAACUUAAAACCUCAAAAAGAUUCUAAUAAAAAGUAAGUGUUAUUACGUUUUUUCCUGUAGUAUUAACCGAAUAGAUCAAUAAGAGAUGAUCUGAUCCCUACUGGACCUCUAGGAGGAACAGUUUAGAAUUGAUAGAGCUAUCCAGUAUAAAUAAAGUUAGUUUACUUUAGGUUUCCUCCUGUAGUAACACUGAAUCAAUAAGAGAUGAUCCUUACUGGACCUCUAGGAGGAACAGUUUAGAAUUGAUAGAGCUAUCCAGUAUAAAUAAAGUUAGUUUAGUUUAGGUUUCCUCCUGUAGUAACACUGGAUCAAUAAGAGAUGAUCCUUACUGAAUCUCUAGGGAGAACAGUUUAGAACUGAUAGAGCUAUUCAGUAUAAAUAAAGUUAGCUCGUGAUUUUGUUUGACUUGUCGAUCAGCUUAGUAUUCACCUGCUAUAGUUGAAUAAUUCCUUAUAUGAAAUAUGGAUUGUUGUAAACGAACGUUGUGGAUUGUAAUAAUCUUUGUCAUUUGUUAGAUACAAUGAUGAAACAGUUCUACAAAUGCUAUCGGUUAGAAAGGGAAAACGGUUUUUGAGUAAAGUUCUUCGCAUUGUCAGAGAGGCAAGUGGAACUAAAUUGUACUAAUUUUUUCUCAUAAGAACUCCGUUUUGAAACGCCAGAACUCCGUUUUCAAAAGCCACAACUCAGUUUUCAAAUGCCAAAACUCCGUUUUCAAAAGCCAAAACUCAGUUUUCAAAUGCCAGAACUCCGUUUUCUAAAGCCAAAACUCAGUUUUCAAAUGCCAGAACUUCGUUUUCAAAAGCCAAAACUCCGUUUUCAAAUGCCAAAACUCCGUUUUCAAAUGCAAGAACUCCGUUUUCAAAUGCCAGAACUCCGUUUACAAAUGCCAGAACUCCGUUUUCAAAUACCAAAACUCCGUUUUCAAAAGCCAAAACUCAGUUUUCAAAUGCCAGAACUCCGUUUUCUAAAGCCAAAACUCAGUUUUCAAAUGCCAGAACUCCGUUUUCAAAAGCCAAAACUCAGUUUUCAAAUGCCAGAACUCCGUUUUCAAAUGCCAGAACUCCGUUUUCAAAAGCCAGAACAUUUCUUAUCAAUCCUCCAAAACUUACAAUUUACCCAUGCAAAAUUCCUACUUUGAGUACUUUGAGACUUUGAUGGUUGUUGUAACCGUUGUGCAUUUUGUAUAACACAGGAUCAGCGUCACGAGAUUGCUCUGGCCGUCACAAGAAACUUACGAAUAUUUACAAAGAAAGACGUACAUCAAGCUGAGACAGAUGGUUUAUGUGAUGACGUUCUGGACGUAAUUAGGUUUUCUCCGUGUGAGAAGAUAGUCGAACAUCAUCACAAUGUCGUCGACACUGACAGCUCCGUCUUACAUUUAUUUGGUUGUAAGGUAAGAAAUAUAUCAAAUAUAGUUUAGUUUAGGUUUCCUCCUGUAGUAACAUUGGAUCAAUAAGAGAUGAUCCUUACUGGACCUCUAGGAAGAACAGUUUAGAACUGAUAGAGCUAUCCAGACAUCCAGUAUAAAUAAAGUUAGUUUAGUUUAGGUUUCCUCCUGUAGUAACAUUGGAUUACUGGGAGAUGAUCCUUAUUGGACCUCUAGGAAGAACAUUUUAGAACUGAUAGAACUAUCCAUGCAGUAUAAAUAAAGUUAGUUUAGUUUAGGUUUCCUCCUGUAGUGAUACUGGAUCAAUAAGAGAUGAUCCUUACUGGACCUCUAGGAAGAACAGUCUAGAACUGAUACAGCUAUCCAGUAUAAAUAAAGUUAGUUUAGUUUAGGUUUCUUCCUGUAGUAACACUGGAUCAAUAAGAGAUGAUCCUUUCUGGACCUCUAGGGAAAACAGUUUAGAACUGAUAGUAAUGUUAGCCUGGUUAGUUAGAUGAUGAUUGUGAUUAUAUUUUAUAGUUCACGUUACGAAUACUUGUCGUGUUGUUAAAAAGAAUGUCUCAACUGUCACAGAAUAUUGACGAGAAUAGUUUACAACUACAGACGUUGUGGUACGUAACGAGUUUUUCGAAACGCUACCGGCUGAUUGUAUUCAAUUAACCUGCAGUUCUAUAUCAUAUUGAAAAAAUAAUAUUAAAUUAUUUUAUUUAAUUUAUUUAUGUAUAGUAUUCUUGUAUAUAUAAUUUAUCUUCCUAGCUCCUGGAAGUGUUAACAGACCCUGUUGCACUCUAAAUUUACUACAGUGGAAGACCCAUCUUAAGCGGGCGCGUACCUCGUCUUCCAAUUAUAUCUUUCAUAAAAUACUAUAUUAUCAAUUUAUCAAUACCUCUAUUCAGUUGGGACUAUGUCCUGUCUAAUCACUUGGAACUAAUAGGUCCUGUGCAGCCACCUUUUGCUAAAUGUCAAUAUUCUAUCAGUUUGCCAUAAAGUGAUUAGAAGAAAAAAGAGAAAAAACCCAUCUCUAUUAAGUGGACAAACGUAACUGAUUUACGUAAAUAUGCUAAAUCAAAUUUUCAUAACAAUCAAUGGUGAAAAUCAAUUUGAAGAAAAUUCACGAGAUACGUAUAUCUGUUAUUGAUGUUUUGCAAUAUUUGUAUGCCAUAUAUGUACUAGCGUAACUUGAACUAUAAUCUCCUAAAAACAAAACAAACUUGUCUUUCUUUAGUUUGUCUUGCAAGCAAUUGCAAGAAAAACUGUCUCUUUGAAACUUGAACUCUCAGAAAAGUUCCACAACAUAACCAGCAACGGAGCUCCGUUGACAUGUUUACCUUUGAUUACUACUGUUCCUAAAUUACUUGGGCGUUACCUCCUGAUGUGUUUACUGUUGCAAACACCUAUUAAGAAGACACUCCUUUCAAGCAGACAUAUUGGUGAGGUGCCAAAGUCCGCUUGAAAUGGGGUUCGACUAUAAAAGCUACCAAUGGAUUAAAUUAUGUUUUGUUCUAUUUUUUCAAGGGUUUCGUUUCUAUCUGUUGUCUGUCGAGACUUUGUGACGUCCUCUCCCAAAACGUUGGUCAAGAAUUAUAAUGACGUCCAAAAUAUUGUUGAUGUGUUAAGUUGUAGUGUUGAUGACGACAAAUUACAGAUUAUAAAGGAACAUUUCAG